GCAGCGCCCCCCGGUGGCCGCGUGGCUCGGCGCUCCGAGGCGGGCGGGGCCGGGGUAUAAAGCGCGCGGCCCCGCCCGCCGUGCCCUCCCGCCGCCGCGUCUCGCCGUCGGCACCGCAGCCUCCGCGGACCUGUGCAGCGACGGCGCCGCGCCGACCGGUCAGCGCCCAAGAUGCUGGCCAUGCGGCAGGGCCCCCUCCUGGCCCUCCUGCUCUGGGGCCUCCUGGGGACCCUCCGUGCCCAGCAGCAGGAGGUCAUCUCGCCCGACGUCUCCACCUCUGACAGAAACAGCAACUGCCCAGAGAAGGCCGACUGCCCCAUCAAUGUGUACUUCGUGCUGGACACCUCGGAGAGCGUGACCAUGCAGUCCCCCACGGACAGCCUGCUCUACCACAUGCAGCAGUUCGUGCCGCAGUUCAUCAGCCAGCUGCAGAACGAGUUCUACCUGGACCAGGUGGCGCUGAGCUGGCGCUACGGCGGCCUGCACUUCUCGGACCAGGUGGAGGUGUUCAGCCCGCCGGGCAGCGACCGGGCCUCCUUCACCAAGAGCCUGCAGGGCAUCCGCUCCUUCCGCAGGGGCACCUUCACCGACUGCGCGCUGGCCAACAUGACGCGGGAGGUGCGGCAGCACGUGGGCCGCGGCGUGGUCAACUUCGCCGUGGUCAUCACCGACGGCCACGUCACCGGCAGCCCGUGCGGGGGCAUCAAGCUGCAGGCUGAGCGUGCCCGCGAGGAGGGCAUCCGGCUGUUCGCAGUGGCCCCCAACCGGAACCUGAACGAGCAAGGCCUGCGUGACAUCGCCAGCACGCCGCACGAGCUGUACCGCAACAACUACGCCACCAUGCGGCCCGAGUCCACCGAGAUCGACCAGGACACCAUCAACCGCAUCAUCAAGGUCAUGAAACAUGAGGCCUAUGGAGAGUGCUACAAGGUGAGCUGCCUGGAGAUCCCGGGGCCACCCGGCCCCAAGGGCUACCGCGGACAGAAGGGUGCCAAGGGCAACAUGGGUGAGCCAGGAGAGCCAGGACAGAAAGGGCGACAGGGAGACCCAGGCAUCGAAGGCCCCAUCGGCUUCCCAGGACCCAAGGGUGUCCCUGGCUUCAAAGGAGAGAAGGGUGAAUUUGGAGCUGACGGAAGGAAGGGGGCCCCUGGCCUGGCCGGCAAGAACGGGACCGAUGGACAGAAGGGCAAGCUUGGACGCAUCGGCCCUCCUGGCUGCAAGGGAGACCCCGGGAACCGGGGCCCCGACGGUUACCCAGGGGAGGCAGGGAGCCCUGGUGAGCAGGGAGACCAAGGUGCCAAGGGGGACGCCGGCCGCCCAGGACGCAGAGGGCCCCCGGGGGACCGCGGGGACAAGGGAAACAAGGGAUACCAAGGCAACAACGGAGCCCCAGGAAGUCCCGGCGUGAAAGGAGCCAAGGGCGGGCCUGGGUCUCGCGGCCCCAAAGGCGAGCCUGGGCGCAGGGGAGACCCCGGAACCAAGGGCAGCCCAGGCAGCGACGGCCCCAAGGGAGAGAAGGGUGACCCUGGCCCGGAGGGCCCCCGGGGCCUGGCUGGAGAGGUCGGCAGCAAAGGAGCCAAGGGAGAUCGUGGCUUACCUGGGCCCAGAGGCCCCCAGGGGGCUCUUGGGGAGCCUGGGAACCAGGGAUCUCGGGGAGACCCUGGUGAUGCGGGCCCCCGCGGUGACUCGGGACAGCCAGGCCCCAAGGGAGACCCUGGCAGGCCCGGAUUCAGCUACCCAGGACCCCGAGGGGCACCCGGAGACAAAGGCGAGCCUGGCCCACGGGGCCCUGAGGGAGGCCGAGGCGACUUUGGCAUGAAAGGAGGACCUGGGAGGAAAGGAGAGAAGGGAGAGCCGGCUGACCCUGGUCCCCCAGGUGAACCAGGUGCUCGGGGGCCAAGAGGAGUCCCAGGACCUGAGGGCGAGCCCGGCCCCCCAGGAGACCCUGGCCUCACGGAAUGUGACGUGAUGACCUACGUGAGGGAGACCUGUGGCUGCUGCGACUGCGAGAAGCGCUGUGGCGCCCUGGACGUGGUCUUCGUCAUCGACAGCUCCGAGAGCAUCGGCUACACCAACUUCACGCUGGAGAAGAACUUUGUCAUCAACGUAGUCAACAGGCUGGGGGCCAUCGCCAAGGACCCCAAGUCAGAGACAGGGACGCGCGUGGGCGUGGUGCAGUACAGCCACGAGGGCACCUUCGAGGCCAUCCAGCUGGACGACCCCCGCAUCGACUCCCUGUCCAGCUUCAAGGAGGCCGUCAAGAACCUCGAGUGGAUCGCGGGCGGCACCUGGACGCCCUCCGCCCUCAAGUUCGCCUACAACCAGCUCAUCAAGGAGAGCCGGCGCCAGAAGACCCGCGUGUUCGCAGUGGUCAUCACGGACGGCCGCCACGACCCCCGUGACGACGACCUCAACCUGCGGGCGCUGUGCGACCGUGAUGUCACGGUGACGGCCAUCGGCAUCGGGGACAUGUUCCACGAGAAGCACGAGAGCGAGAACCUCUACUCCAUCGCGUGCGACAAGCCGCAGCAGGUGCGCAACAUGACGCUCUUCUCUGACCUGGUGGCCGAGAAGUUCAUUGACGACAUGGAGGACGUCCUCUGCCCCGACCCCCAGAUCGUGUGUCCAGAGCUUCCCUGCCAAACAGAUGGACUGCAGCCUGGUGGCGAGCCCCCGGUCACCUUCCUCCGCACGGAAGAGGGGCCGGACCCCACCUUCCCCAGCACCGUCCCCCUCAUCCAGCAGUUGCUAAACGCCACGGAGCUCACGCAGGACCCCGCGGCCUACUCCCGGCUGGUGGCCGUGCUGGUCUACACCGCCGAGCGGGCCAAGUUCGCCACAGGGGUGGAGCGGCGGGACUGGACGGAGCUGUUCAUUGACACCUUUAAGCUGGUGCACAGGGACAUCGCGGGGGACCCCGAGACCGCCCUGGCGCUCUGCUGAGGCCGCGGGGCCGCCAGGAGGCGGGCGCCGGCCCUCGCCCUCUGGCAGAGCUUCCGAGGGCUGCCCGGGGGGCUUGACUGACAGGCGUUUACUCAGUCUGGAGGCCAAGGGUCUUUAGGGCCACGCUCCCUCCAGGGCCUUGGGGGAGCCCUCCCCCGCCCCUUCCAGCCCCUACUCGCGCCACAGUCUUAGCUCAAGGCCGCGUGGCUCCAGUCUCUGCCCAGCUUCCCACAGCUGCUUCUCUGGGUCCCCGAGGACACCAGCCUGGAUUUAAGGCCACCCCAACCCAGGACACUCCCAUCUGGGUCCGUGACCGAAUCCCCCACCAGGUCCCUCUUUGCCACCUAAGGUGACCAUCACAGGCUCCUGGGCCCCUCCGCGCAGCCCCACCCCCUGAGCUGUCACUCAUUUGGGAUGCAGGUGAGGGAGGAAGGUAAAUCCCACUCCAGGACGGGGUGCCCCAUUCCAGCUGCACCUCAGAGGUGGCUGAGCCCAUGGGUGCCCACGGCCCAGAGGGCAUGGUGCGGAGGUGACCCGUCCAGUGGCAGUGGACAGUCCACGCUGGGAUCUGCAGUCCCAACACCAAGACGAACUUGCCAGAGCCGCCUGCCAGUGUCCUGGUCCGGUCGUCUGCCUCUCGCUGCCCAGCCAGAGGGUGUCUGGAGGUGCAGUCAGGGACCCUCGGGGGCCUCUUCCCCCUCUCCUGAAAGGGCACCCUCGCCUCGCAGACGGCACGCCCAGACACGGACAUGUCCGUGGAGCGUGAGGGGUCGCGGCCUGUGGUCGCGCCCUGGGCUCCCGUCCGGGCGCCUCUCAGGCUCACGGUGACCAUCCCUCCUGGGCGGGGUCUCCUUCCCACACCCACGGCACAGGCGCAGGCCAGGCUUCCUGCUGUGAGGGUUCAGGGAGGCGCUGAGCCCGUGAAGACCUCAAACGUGGCCUCUCGUGUGUCUCCAGCAGCCUCCCCGGGUUCACGCCGUGGACGCCCGGCUGCAGGCCACUGGUUCUGAGGGCCUGGGCGCCUCGGUCCCUGGGCGUGCGCCCUCCCAGCCGGCCCAGGGGUGCGGCCUCCCAGCACAAGCUACUCUUCUUUGGCAUCAGAAUAAGCUACCUUGUUGAUAAGCUCAUUAAAGACUCCCGUCUGCAGCGGACUCGC